CUCACUCCAGGACCAACCCACACAAGGCUCCAGCUAUUUAUUGUACAUUAGAUACAUACGCCCAAAUCUUCGCCUACUGUCUUUGGUUAAAGAUCUUGAAAUAAUGAACAAUUGCUGGUUUGUCCUUCGUCAAUCUUCUUACACCCCUCCUAAAUAUACUACCCCAAGUAGAGCGGGCGGCGUGACAGUCGAGGGCGAUCUACGGCUCGGUGAUGUAGUACCCAGCCCAAACAAUAUUUAUCCAGUUGUUACUCAAGGAAAGCUGCCUCGCUUUCCCAUCGAAAUGCGCAUCACAUCCACGCAGGACUGCGAGUUUCACUGGGCUAUCGAAAGUGAGAGAGAGGACGGCGGAAUCAUCGGGGGAGGAGCUCCUGUGGCAGCCCCCAUUGGCGCAGCCCUGAAUGCCGAGUUCAGCGCAGAGUUCAAGGGGACUAUGAAGCGAUGGGCAAAGUUCAAGACUUUAGACACUGAGAAGGUGCAGCCAUCCCGUGCUUACAUCGAUCGGGUACUCGCUCUGCCUGACGUAAAGGAAUAUAUCGAGCAUCACAAACUUCCGGUUUUAAACCAGUGGACCGUCUACGUAGUUACAGGUCUCAUGAUUGCAAGGGCUGGUGGCACUAUUGGGAGCUGCGAAUCUAGCUUGGGGGCUGUUGGUGGUGGGCUCGCAGUAGACAUUCCAGGAAUCUUGAAUACGAACACCCACGGCUCCCACCAACGCGGCACCAAGAAAGACAUGUCCAAUGAGAUUCAGGGCGAUCGUAUCUGGGCGGUUCGAUUUGCCAAGGUCCAUAAAGGGAUGCUCCGCCGUAGAUGGAUGCAGACAGAAGAAACGGUCGGCGCCGCCCUGGGUAAAGGCGAUGAGGAAGGGGAGGAGAUUGGUCAGGUCUUAGAGCACGAAGGGAUAAAAGAUGCUGGGAUUGUUGAGUUAGAGAUGGCUGGAGCUGGUAACAAAUUAGCAUUUGUCACCGGCGAUUUUUGACACUGGAAUAUAUAUUAGUUAUAUAGAGCUAAGAGAUCACUCACUAGCUAGUAUACAUUGUGGGACUAUGUCCUUGGCUACAUCAACGGAAAUUAAAUCUUAACACUUGUACUCCAAACUAUCGCCAUCUAUAGGUAAUCAGCCUCGGUAUGAGUCAUGCAGCUUCUCCAACUGUAGCAACCUCACAAUAGUACCCCUAAUC